UCUGCAUCUGCACAGCUGGCAUCGGUGGCGUCCAAUUCAAUUGCAUCUGCAUCUGCAUCCAGCGGCCGCCAGCAGCUCCACGUCGACUAAGCUGACCUGUCGUUUAAUUUUAUAAUUUUUAUCUUGUUUUGCUGUGUUGCAUUUUCCAAUCUUUUGACGACUCUUGGUUUUUUUUUUUUUCCUCUUCCUGGCCGACACCCCUGACACAAACUUUUGCGCAAACGGAUCAAUCAGAACAAGGAUCAAGGAAGAAUUACGGACCCAGGCGCUGAACCCACGGUGUCUCGCGAAAGAGAAAAAAAAAUUAAUUCACGAAUACCUACGCCUCUCCCUUUAUUGAAAUCGAAUAUCCAGUAUAAUUCGCCUCGCCUGUUGCUCAGACCAGCGGCCCCUCUUUUUUGCCCCGACUACAUGUUGUCGUGUCAUCAGGCUGAAUUGCUGUGGCUUGGGUAUGGGACCACAUGCGAUAUUCAAUCCGCCGCUCGACUACACCUUCUCCCAAGAAUGGAAAGAUGACCUCAAAGUCAAACACACCCCCUCCCGGCGCAACCAAGAAUAAUCACAACCACAAUCACCACCACGGCAGCAACAUGAUGAACGGCUACUUUGGCCAGACCGCCUCUUUCCUGACCUCGGCUGCAGGCUACAUGCGUCUGCCAGCUCUGGCCUCAACAGGCAUUGCGGCUAUCCUCACGUCCCUCCUCUACUUCAAACAAAAGGCGCUCAUCUAUCCCUCUCAUAUGCCGACAAACUCACGAACCGACAUCCCGCGCCCUACACAGUUCGGAAUCAAAGACUUUGAAGAGCUGGUCAUCCCCACCGACGAUGGCGAGAAGCUGUCGGCCUACUACAUUCGCGGCCCCCGUGGCGGCAAGAACUCGGACAUGACAAUCAUCAUGUUCCACGGCAAUGCAGGCAAUAUCGGUCACCGCCUGCCCAUCGCCCGCGUCCUCAUCAACAUGAUUGGCUGCAACGUCUUUAUGCUGGAGUAUCGAGGCUACGGCGCAUCCACCGGCGAACCAGACGAGUCGGGCCUGGGGAUCGAUGCCCAGACCGGACUCAACUACCUGCGCGAGCGAGCGGAAACGAGGCAUCACCGGUUCAUUGUUUACGGCCAGAGUCUCGGUGGAGCCGUCAGCAUCAAGCUAGUGGCCAAGAACCAAGAACGGGGCGACAUUGUGGGCCUCAUCUUGGAAAAUACUUUUCUCUCCAUGCGCAAGCUCAUUCCUUCCGUUCUUCCACCUGCCAAAUACUUCACACUGCUGUGCCACCAGGUCUGGCCCAGCGAGGCAACCUUGCCGUCCAUCACCAAGGUUCCCAUCUUGUUCCUUAGCGGUCUACAAGAUGAGAUUGUUCCACCCAGUCAUAUGACCCAGCUUUUCAAUGUCUCCACCUCUUUCAGCAAGACGUGGAAGACCUUCCCGGGUGGCGAUCACAACUCGAGCGUGCUAGAGGAGGGCUACUUCGAAGCCAUCUCAGAUUUCAUAGCCGACUCCAUAAAUGAUGCACCCGUCACGGAAGCCAAAAGCCAGUUAUAGGACUGUUCCUCGCUGGGCUGGUCUGAUACAGAGCAGGCAUAUCCCUGUGGAGCGUGGCGAUUUAUAUUGCAUCAAGGGGAGCUCUAUACAAGGGCCCUUGAACGUUUGAUUUUCAUUUUGCAUGCUGACCCCAUCGACGGGCCGUAAAUUUCAUUGAAUAGAGAGGUGCUAACUAGAUAGAAGGGAGGGCGGCCUCAGGAAAGACGGGCCAAGCGUGGGAUUGAAGGUGGUUCCUAUGGCCCAUGUGACGAUAAUAUUGGAGAGCGUGUGGAGGGGGAGAUGCGUCGCGUGAUAUACAUAUACCCUGCAUACUUUUUUUAUAUGUUUUUUUGAACGCCUUCUUCCGGUGAGAAGAAGUAGAGUGGACAUAAUUCGAUGUGCAACGAAUUUUUUUUUCUAUCCGGCUACUCAUCACACAAAUUAUUUUUUUCUGGUGGUUUUUUUUU